CUGUGGUUCAAGGAUGGCAGCGCCUGCAUAGUAGCGGAGCGAUCAGGCUACCGCAUACACCGGGACUUCCUCUCCCGUCUCUCCGAACCCUUGCGCGAUAUUUUUUACGAGGCCCAUCUAGGCAGGCUGGACGUCCCCUUCUACUACGUCUCAGACAGUUCAUUGGACAUGAGGACGCUGCUCGACGCCAUCUAUGACGGCCGCAAGUACCUCAGCGACAGGGCCCCCGACAUAGCCUUCAGCGAACUGUCCGCGCUCAUGCGCCUCGGCCACAAAUAUCAACUGAAAGACAUCAUCGCAGACGCAGCAGGCUACCUCGAAGACUACUACACGCCCGACUUCAAGAAGUGGAUGCGGCGGCGCACCGGAGCACACGAGGAAAAACUUCGCAUAUCGGAAAGCGACGAAGCUUCCGGCGCCGUCUUCGAGGCCGUCAACAUCGCGCGCCUCACCUCCAAACCCGCGAUCCUGCCCCUCGCGCUCUACCGCUGCUGCCAG